CCCUCUCUCGUCAUCCUAGAUAACUCUUCUUCUUCUUCUUCUUCUUCUUCUUUUUCUUCUUCUUCUUCUAUUAGCCUAUCCUCUCACAGUUGAUCAGCAAUAUCAGAAAUAUAAUCAGUUCGAGAAUGUGUAUGAUCAAAGCCCCAGAUCAAUGGGUUGUCCCGUCCCGAACCCUAGUUAAUUCUUUCAAGCCAAAACGACGAGCCAGACGGUCUAAAGUUCAAGUUCAGAGACUUCGUGGGAGGAAGAGGAGGUGCGAUGGGAAGGAGAUGAUGCAGCAGGAGAACAGGAAGCUGUACAGGGAGAAUAUGAGUAUUAUGGAAGAGAACUUGGAGCUGAGGAAGAGGGCCAGGCUGCUGUACCAAGAGAAUCUGGCCUUGAUGUCCGAGUUGCAGAAGAAAUUCUCUCAUUUCCACCGCUUCUCCACCACCACCACCACCACCAAAUGAACAACAAAUUAACUAAUUCAUACAUAUGUUUUCUUCCUAGCUAGCUAGCUCUUCUUCUUAAUUAAUUUCCUGCAAUCUCUCUCUCCUGAUCGAAUUGCUUCCAACAGGGUCAAGGAAAUUAGAACAGCCCUUGUUACAUGUUUUUGUCUUGUUGAAUAUUCUGAAUUAGAUGAUGUUAAGUUAGAUUGAGCUUGGACAA